AUGGCCUUGGCUAAUAAGUGGAAAUUUUUGAAUAAAGAGUUAGGGAAAUGGAGAGAUUCAUUGGAAAAAGCGAGGGAGAACGUUCGAAGCAGUGAAAAUCUUGGCGACGAGAUUAUUCAAGCACAAAUGUGGUUCGGUGCCAUUGGCCAAGACAAAAAAAACGCUGCUCCACGAUUCACCGACAUCGGAUUCUCUAUUGGACUCCCCAAUGGAUCAAGACUCACUAAUCCAACGUCAGCUGACGCCUAUUUGGUGAAAGGCGGCAAAGGCCAAGAGAGGGAGCACUUCAAACACUGA